AUGUGCUUGUUGCUUCCGGAGAUAAUAUGUUUGUGCAAUGCAGCCGGUUCAGAGGGUUGUCCGGACGAUGAAAACGGCGAAGACGCUGAGACGCUGACAUCAACGUCGUCGGCGCGGUGCAGAUCCGCAGAUGAAGCACAUUUCAGCACGAUUCUUGUCCUCCCACCAGAGGUGUUCUAUCGGGUUCAGAUCAGGAGACUGCGAAGGCGUUUAAAGUUGUUUAUGGGUAUUAUACAGCAACCACUUCUGUACGACAAUAGCGUUCCCACGGCCACAAUCAUCGGAGGGCCGGAUCUGCACGUGGACAAGGGCAGCACCAUCAAUCUGACUUGUGCGGUGAAGUACAGUCCGGAACCACCGGCCUAUAUCUUCUGGUACCAUCACGACGAGGUCAUCAGCUACGAUUCCAGCCGGGGUGGUGUUUCGGUUAUCACCGAGAAGGGAGACAUCACCACGUCCCACCUGCUGAUCCAGAACGCCGACCUGGACGAUUCGGGCAAAUACAGUUGCUCGCCCUCGAAUGCAGAUGUCGCCAGUGUGCGGGUUCACGUGCUCAACGGUGAACAUCCGGAGGCCAUGCAAACUGGGGCAGCCACGCGAGUGACCUCGCCAUCCGAACGAAGGCGACACUUUGUGGUGAUCCUUCUGGUGACGGCCCUGCUGACCUUCUACCGAUGGCUGACGAUGGGAGGCUGCAGUCAGGCUCUAGCAGCUACAGCUCUCCUAAAGGUUUCACCGGCCAGCAGCAGUGGUCGAGGGCUAUCAACAGCAACAUCCACGGACCACCACUUUUCGAGGUGGUGGUCAGCUUCGGCGAAAACUUCUUCUACCAUCCGAGGACGACAACGACCAGCAUCAGAAGCAGCCGGCCAUCCGGAUCAGCGAUUCCAGAACCAUGGCAAUGGCAACGGAGGACAGCUGCGAGAGUGCUGUCCCACCAAUCUUCGAUGGAGCAGCAGAUGAUAAGCCAUUGAAGCGUUUCGCCGCAGUGAUAAAGGGAGGUAGAAUAACACACAGCAACAAAAAAGAAAACGGUAGGUACAUACAAGAACGCGAGCGAACGAGACCGAGUGAGUUUAGCGCGAAGUUCCCAUCCAAUUCAGCCUGCCAGGUAUGGCACCUGCACGAGACACAUACACACACAAAUACACACACACUCUAGGUGCACAAACAAUGACACAAACACACAUGAAAACACAACCACACAAGCGAAAGAUAUAAAAAAAAAACAAGUGAGAAACACUGUAGAAGCAAGUCGUAGGAUAUUAUUAUACAAAACAAAAAAGGAUUCAAGCGAAAUCGAACGAUACUCACUUUAACACCCCACCUGGAAAGUACAUCAACAACAGAUUCUCGAGAGGGGUCAUCCGUACAUUGCAACAAUCUUUAUUGUGGCUGGCAAAGUUUUCAACAGCUUUUAAAUCCCAAACCUGACCACAGACAUUGAAGUAUGGUUAUUAAACUUGGAACCAGAACAUCUGAAGCGAGUUAAUUUUUUUUUAAUUUAAUCUUUGAAACAGUGAAUUUUUGUUUUAAAAAGUUGUGACAAAACUGUUAACUUAAAAUUGGGAUUAGUUUUCAAAAUUUUGUUCUAAGUUGUAAUUCAGUAGGGGAGAAUGGGGAUACUUGAUCCCCUUUUCUUAUUUUUACCAUAUCUUUUUGAAAAUAUUUAGCAACUCGUCGUUUUUGCAUUUGCAUUGACAGCGUGUAAUUUCAAAUUAAUAUUCUCCAAAAGUUGGAACGAUACUUGAACCCGUAGAUAAACUAGAAGAAUUUUGGUGGAAGUAAAAAAUUGCGAUAUUUUUGAUGCUAUGGAAGACUUGAUCCUUUUUUGAAGGAAAUUUGAUCCUUCAUUCCGAAGGCCUUGGUCCUUGGAAAAAAUCAAACAAAAUUUCAAAAAAGAAUGUCAAUUAACUGUUUUGGUCAUGUAUUUUCUCAUUUCACAAUUUAUAAAUCUCAGGAGAAGAAUGUUCAAAACUUUGUCUCGACCCUAGUUAAAUUGCAUACUUUAAGGCGCUAAUUUAUGAUUUUAAAAGAAAGUCAACUUUCUUAGUCCUUUUUGCCAGACAAUUAUUGUAUUAAUAUCUGUUGUUGGAUAAAUAAUCAUAAUUUUGUAACCAACAAUGAUCACGAUCUAUUUAAAAGAAAAAAAAAUUUUGUACUCUAGGGAUCAAUUGAACCCAUAAUGAACAUUGAAGAAAUCUUUAUCUGAAAAAAAUUGAGAGUUUGCCACUGUUUUGAAAAUAUGGUAUUAUAAAGUUCAUUUAACACAUAUUUUUGUUAUAAUUUCUUCAUUUCAGAUACAUUUUAAAGUGAUAAAGAAAAAACUUCAAGUCGCAUUUUAUGAAUUUUUUCAAACAUAGUUCAAUCACUGAAAAAAUUAUUUUGUUAAAAUUGUUUGAGCUUAAAGCAUAGUUGUUUUGCUCCAUUUGGCACCUUUUUUUAGAACAUUUUAUCCAUGUAAGUCAUUCCAGUACUAAAGGGUGACUCAGUCUAGGUCGAUUUGAGCUUGAUCGAUUUUUGAAUUUCUUUUACUCUGGGGUCGAAAAAGCUUCGUUUCGGUUCAAAAGCCAUCCAAGAUUUUUCCUAAAAUUUUGAAGUAACGUUUACAUGAGUAAAUUUGUACUGUUAUGUAUGUAUGCGAAAAUUUUAUAUUUUGUUCUAAAAAAUCAACAUCGUUUUUGCUUGUUCUGUGCAACCGAAAAUUUCCGCUUAGAAUUUUGUCGAAAACCAUAACU